GAAGAAAAAGCGACGGCGAGACGAGCUGGCGCAACCUUGCUUGAGGCCGCAGGGAUGGCGGACGUUGGCCUCUCUCUCUCUCUCUCUCUUCUUUUUUUUCUUAUUUUUUUUUCUAUUUUUUUAAUUAUUUUUUCUUUCUCUCUCUCUCUACGACUCCAUCAGGAAGAAACGGCCGGACUCGAGACGGAGGAAGAAGAAGAGGAAAGGCAAAAAGGCAGAGCCCGAGAUGAGCGGCGGCUCAAGGAGGGUUUCUGGCCUGGUGGAGCAGCGGCAGCAGGACGAAGAAGACGGCGAGGACGAGGGAGAGCACGAAGAGACGAGCGACGGCGAGGGACGGCGAGGGCGCAGAAACAGGCUAGACAGGACAAACCAGCAGCGGGCAAGGGAAUGAUGAAUAGAAAAAAGUUGGAUCUUGACUAG